GAUGUCACUGUGGAUGGACUAUUUACGAAGCUCUGGACGAGUGAUCAAAACAGAGUUGAUGUCGGCUCGGCGUUGACACUUAACUGGCAAGGUGAAGUAAACCGAGGCGACCGUGUGAAGGAUCAAUCACCUGCAAAGCUCUGCAAAGUGACAGCUGAGAAAUUGAAAACGUCGCCAGUGUACACUGCCUUCAAGUCCCUGCUUGACAACUAUAAGGCGGAGGUAGGCGUGAGCGAACAGGAAACGCCGGCCGAAAAGAAGGAGCAGGACACCUUCCUCGACGCUCUCAUGAACAGUCCCACUAUCAAAGAGGUGCACAAGUAUUUGGUUUCUAUCAGUCUCGCGCUACCCACCCCGAAGGAUUUCAAAGAUCUCCUGCGGAAGCUGUGGUUUACGCGAUACAGGCGUGGCAGGUAA